GAGUUAUGGCGUCGCAUCAAGCUGGAAUUCACCAUUGAGCUGCCGCUGCUCAUUGCGCGGUGGAAGCAGGUGCUGUUUGGCGCCCUCUUCCAGUACGUGCACGGCAUCUUCACGCAGCUGGCGCACCGCAUGCACCAGCCUCAGGAGGAGCCGCUGGGCGACCUGGGCUUCCGCCUCAUGCCGGAGCUGGGCCUGGAGAAUGCGUGGGUGAGUGAGACCAUCUUCUGGUGCCUGUUCAUCCCCUUCAUCUUCUGGAGCUUCUCCCCCUUUGUCACCGCCCGCAAGCGCUUCUACACAGCCGUGCUCUACGCCCGCCUGCUCAUGGUGCUCGUCACCUGCCAGAUCCUGCGCAUCAUCUCCUUCACAGUCACCCAGCUGCCCGCCCCCAACUACCACUGCCGGCUGGGCCGUGACACGGCGGUGCGGGAGAUGCCGGAGCACUGGUGGGGCCACGUGGUGGUUGACGUGGGGCGGCAGGCCACCCACGGCUGCGGCGACCUCAUCUUCUCCUCCCACACCACCUUUGUGCUGACGGGCGUGCUGACCUACACAGAGUACGGGCAGACGCUGAUCAUCAAGAUCAUCUCCUGGAUUGGGGUGGUGUUCAUGGGCCUGUGCAUCGUGGCCAGCCGCAAGCACUACUCUGUGGAUGUGGUGGUGGCCUUCUACACCGUGCCCCUCGUCUUCUACACCCUGCACCGCCGC